AUGAAAGACACAAAGGAAAAAGCGUUUCGGGAUACGCGAGCUGAGCUCGCUUCAUUAUUAAAAAAAAAAGAGGAACUUGAGAAAUCAUUGGGGGACGUUGAAGAGCAAAUAUAUGCAUUUGAAACUGGCUAUCUUAAACAGACACAAGAUACAGGCAACUGUAUUCGUGGUUGGUAUGGUUAUUUGAAUAAUCCAGCAGCCGAUAAAUCUCAAGCACCAUGUAAAUUUCGUGAAUCUGAUCGACUAUUUUCUUAUUCAUCUGCAACAUCGUAUACAUUACUUGGACGUGAAAAAUUAAAACGUGAGAAAGAGAAAAAACGCCGCCGAAAUAUUCAAAAACAUAAAGAAAUAAUGGCGGAAUUUCCAACAACAACAACCACUAAAAAGUCGGAUAUCGCCACAAAUGAUACACAAGAGCUCGAGCAAGAUGAUAUUAAUAAUGGUAAAACAUCUGUACAUCGGAAUUAUUCAACAGCUACAACUAUUUCUAUGUCCUCUGUACAAUCGAUAUCCACGAAGAAAAAACAAAAAAUCUCGACGAAACGAUUGAGAAACAAACGUUCAGUAUCUGAUUCGAGUCGAUCAAAUUCAAUCGAAUAG